AAGAUUACAAAAAGACCAAAAAGGAGAAGAAAAAAAAACAAGAUACUGCAGCUAGGUUAGGUGUGAGCAGUAACCAAUAUAUAAAAAAUGGGUGGAGCAUUCUAAGCCGUCCAACGAUCGCCGACUCGUCGUCAAUCCUUAAUGCCUAAUGGGAUCGGACUCAGCGAAAAUAUGGGUAUUGAAAGUUCCCUCGUGAACCACAAACUUGUACUGUGAGUACUCAACAACUCAAGUGAUAAAAAAUGGAAAGAAGUUUGGGUGAACGAGUUUUUGUGAUUGAAAUUUGAAGAUGCAUUUAUGAUUCGUAUCUAUCUCCUUCUACUUCUACUCAUUCUCCAAUCUCAACCUCCUAAAUGUUAAUCUCUAUUUACAUUAUUACCAUUCAACUAAUAACUAUUCUCUUAUUCACUUCACCGGCGGCUACCUCUCAUUACUCAUCUCCCUCACCACCAGCCGCACCAUUCUACGAAUCUUCCCCUGAACCUCCUUCCCUCGCCGCCGAAUGGCUCUCCGCUCACGCCACUUACUACUCCGACGCCAAUGACCCCAUGGAUGCACUGGACGGCGCGUGUGGCUACGGAGCCACUAUCAAAGAUGGUUACGGCCUCGCCGCAACCGCAGUCAGCGAAACUCUCUUCGUGCGUGGUCAGAUCUGUGGCGCGUGUUUUGAGCUACGCUGUUUCGAAGAGGAAGUUCCAUUUGACAGGCGGCGGUGUGGCUCCGGCAGUUCGAUUGUUGUCACCGCUACUAAUUUCUGUGCACCGAACUAUGGUUUUGACGCGGAGAGCGGUGGCGGAGAGUGUAACCCUCCUAAGCAGCACUUCGUUGUUCCGGUGGAAGCCUUCGAGAAGAUCGGCAUUCGGAAAGGCGGUAAGUUGCCCGUUCAGUAUCGCAGGAUAAAGUGCAGGAGGGAAGGGGGGAUGCGGUUUACAAUUACUGGUUCUGGUAUCUUCAAUUCAGUGCUGAUUAGUAAUGUAGCUGGCAUAGGAGACAUUGUUGGUGUGAAGGUUAAAGGUUCAAGAACAGGUUGGAUUCCUAUGGGUCGAAAUUGGGGCCAAAACUGGCAUGUAAAUGCGUUGCUACAAAACCAACCUCUCUCAUUUGAGGUCACUAGUAGUGAUGGAGUCACCAUUACAUCUUACAAUGUAGCUCCCAAGAAUUGGACCUUUGGACAAACCUUUGCAGGCAAGCAAUUCGAGUCUUAGAAAAAGCAUAACGAACCUAAUUAGCUUGUUUCAAAGGACCAUUAUCCUUCCACAUUUUUUACCUUAAAUUAAGAUUGUCAAAUUUUUUGAUCAGUUUUUCUUCCAAUCAACACGUGUUCCCUCACAUCCUAUUAUUUGAAUCUGAGAGAAUAAAUAAUUGGUCUAAGUCAUGGUAUAUUGAUACCUUACAAGUUUCGUUUGUGACAUCAAAAUACCUCUAUAGCAGUAAACACAAAAAAGAGGUGCUUUUUUUGAAGUUUUUUUUUUCUCAAAAAAGAACAAUAAUUGUAUA